AUGAAGCUCAUUAUCCGAGGUUCAGAUAAUUUCUUUGAAGUUAAUAUUGGUCCUAAUAGCAAAGUCAAGGAUUUAAAGGUCGAAAUUGCCCGUAUCACGAUGAUUCCUCCGCCCCUCCAAAAAUUGAGUAUAUUCAGUUCUGGAAUGAAAGUAAAUUCAACAUAGGUUCUCCUUCCUACCUCUUCAAAAAUUUCACUUUAUAACAUAUCAGAUGGAGCAGAAAUAUUCUUAGAUGAAGUAAAAUCUAUAUAGAAAGCUAUAGAAAAUGCACAAGCCCCAGAAGCACCGUUGGAUGAUGAACCUAAAAGAAUGGUGAGAAGACACACUCUGCAGCCAAGAGUGUCAUCAAAACCAACAGCCCGAUCUUCAAAAGUCCAAACACAAGCCCCAGCUCAAUCAAUAGAGCCAGUCCAAGAAGAAGAACCUCAAGAGCCAGAAAUACCUGAAGAUGAGCAUGAGCCAUGACUAACGAGAUGCAUAAUGGCUUGCCAAGAGGGAGAGGCUGAAAUGUUUGUAGAAGCUUUGCAAGAUUAUAUGAGAGCCCGUCCACUAAAAGUCCUUGAAGAGUCUGUUGCUGAAAUUUUAAAUGCUAGAUACAACGAUAAAUGGAGUUGCAUUCAUUACUGCUGCUAUAUGGGGCAUGCAAAUGUAUUAAAAGAGAUUAUAGCCAAAGCAUCCUUUUGAUUCGGGCUAUUCCGACACCAAUCAGGAUUUGGCUUAUCAUUAUCUGCUGUGAAGCUAACUCCUAGAUGGCAAGUCCACUCCUUAUGGAGAUUUGUUAUCUGUGGAAUUUGUUUUUAGCAGCAAAUGCGGGUAAACCCAAACUCCCUGAUUGAAUUGGGAUAUUCGAGCCAAAAGGAGCCUCAAGCCAUAUUGAUUUGGGAGGAAAUUGCAAUAUAGAAACAGAUGACCAUUGAACGCCUUUACAAAUAGCUUCAUAUCAAGGCCACAAAAAUUGUGUGGAAAUGCUUGUUAGUCAUCCGCUGAUCCAAAUCAAUAAAAUGACUGCUGAAAGAGGAACUGGGCUACAUUUAGCAUCCAGCAUGGGCCAUGCUGAAAUUGUUGAGAUAUUGUUGAACCACAAAGCCUCACUUAAAUUAGAAGAUCCAUAUGGGAAAACUGCAUUAGAGCUCGCUACAAAUAUCAAAGUUGCUGAGUUGAUACCUAAGUAUCUAGGAGAAGAAAUGUUGGAAAAGUACGGCAAAAAAUCUAAUGAAAAGCCUAAAGCCUUUACUGGAGAAGCAUUUUCAACUGCAACCUGGCAAAUUAAUGAUAAGCUUGUAUUUCUAGUUAUGGAUACUGAGCGUGGACUUUUUGGCCAAUAUUCUACUAAAAAUUCUUAUUUGGAAGGGCAAAAUCCUGAUGUUUUGAUACCAUUUGUAGAUAUUCAAGAAGUGAAAAAUCUUAAUAGUGGCAUUGCAGAGAAUAAGUUCUUUUUUGUAGUAAAUACCCAAGAUAUCACACUAAAAUACUAUACAAAUACUCAAGAUCUCACCAAUUCAUGGGUAUCUAAGCUAAUAAAUUGUGUUAAUUUUUUCCAAACUUAUGCCCAUAACCCUGAAAAUCGCGAUUUCCUUGAAAACCAAGAAGGUGAAAGGAUUUCUAUGAAACUAAGAGGAAUAAAGACAAAUAUGAAUUUUGAAGAAGAAGCGAUAGAAUACCACCACGAUGAAGGCCAGACUAUUAAUUAUGAUAGCUUUGAUGUAUUAGAAGAACUAGGAGCUGGAAGUUUUGGGCAUGUUUAUAAAGUGGUUAAAAAGAACUCUGGAGAAAUCUACGCUAUGAAAGUUUUAAGCAAGCAGAUGCUGAGAGAGAAAAACCAGCUAAAAUAUGCAAUUGCAGAGUGUAAAAUAUUGAAAAAUAUUAGACAUCCUUAUAUUGUACCAUUAUAUUGGGCAUUUCAAACGCCAAAUAGCUUAUAUAUGGUUUUGGAGUAUUGCCCUAACGGUGAUUUGUCAAAACUUCUUGAGUAUGCCCAGUCCUUAAAUGUCUCCAUUUCUAAGUUUUAUAUUGCUGAAGUCAUCCUUGCCAUUGAAUAUUUGCAUAGCUUAGACAUCGUCUACCGUGACUUAAAGCCUCAAAAUUUAUUAUUAGACUCAAAUGGGCACAUAAAGCUUGCUGAUUUUGGAUUAGCUAAAGAAAACGUCACAGAAGAAAACCCAGCCAUGUCAUUUUGUGGGUCACCUGCUUAUUUACCACCUGAACAAAUUGCAGGCACUGGAGCUUGGAAGCCAGCAGAUAUUUAUUGCAUAGGAGCGAACCUAUAUGAAUUAUUAACUGGCCAGCCUCCAUUUUAUACAGAAAACAUAAGCGUCCUUUAUCAAAGAAUUUCCAAGUCUAAGUUGAAAUUCCCUGAAGGUCUAGAUGAAGAAGCCGAAAAUUUGAUUCAAGCCGUUAUGAAGAGGAACCCAGAGGAGAGACCUUCUAUACAAGAUGUAAAGGAACACCCGUUUUUCUAUAGUAUUAAUUGGAGCGAUAUGCUGGCUAUGAAGAUUCCUCCGCCGAUAGGAAAAGAUGAUUUUGUUAGGCUUAAGCAAGCGAUGAAGUAA